AUGUAUCCGCAAAAAAUUGGUAUUCGAGCCCAGUUUAAGAAGGGUAACAGGACAUAUCUAGCGGUGGGCUUCUUUGCCACGCUCACUAAACUUUUGCUUGUAGGCCUCGUCACAGAACUUUCACCAACAACAGCUGAUGCCUCUACAGGCUCGACGACCACUCUAUAUUCAACUUCUGAAACACCGUCCUCGACUGGAUCGUCAUCAACCGCAACUCCUACUUCACUUCCAUCUACCACGGGAGCGUCAACCGAACUUUCCACAACUGAAGGUCCGACCUCAAGCUCACCAGGAACUGGCGAUAAAUGUUUUGCUAAUUCCUGCUACGAGUUUGUUGAAACGGGCAAAAGCUGGGCCGAGAACCAAGACAGCUGUAAAGCCAAAGGAGGCGAUCUAGUUUCCAUGGAAACAGAAGAUGAAUGGCAGUUCGUCAAUAGUGAGAUUCAACGAAUCACCGUUCCUGGAGACGAUGAAUGGCACAUAGGUUUGAAGAAACAGGGAACCUGGCAAUGGGUUAGUGGAAAGCCACUGACCAUUGAGAAAUGGCAAAGGUACGAGCCGUCUGGUGAUGGAAAUGUCGGUGGCAUGUCCAAAAAUUACCCACCAAGAACUCAAGGACUUUUUAAGGAUCUUAAUGGCCUACCUCCCAGACCUUUCAUUUGUGAACUGCCCACAGACAGGAACACAAGACCAUAA